AUGGUUAACCCAGGACGCCUCCGCAGCCAAUCACAGGGCCCCGCGGGCAAGGCCCGGAGGGCGCCUGGCCGGGCCCAGCCCCAGUGCGGCACCGGGCAGCCCACGCAGCCUGCAGCCAUCCUGGCGCGCGCCACCUCCCCAGAGCGCGCAGCCCCCGGGGGCCGCAGCAUGGCUGGCCUGGCCCGGCUGGGGCUGCUGCUGCCUGUGCUGCUGGCCUCCGCAACGGCGACCCAACCGGCCCGGCUGCUGACCUUGCUGUCCUCAGGCCAAGGUGUUCUGGACCGCGUGGCGCUGAGAGGCCUGUUAAAUACACUGGCGGCCCGUGUGCACUGCGCCACCGGGCCGUGUGGAAAGUGCCUGUCAGUGGACGACGCCCUGGCCCUGGGCAGGCCUGAGAAGCCAGGACUCCCCUCCAGCCCAGUGCUGGAGCCCAGGCACAUCGCCCGCCUGAGCGCUGCCUCUGCCCUUUACCUCAGCGACCCCGAGGGCACAUGCACAGACGUGCGUGCUGGCCUCUGGGCCUCACGAGCCGACCACCUCCUGGCCCAGCUCCAGAGCCCAAAGGCCCUGACCCUGGGUCUGACCAGGUUGCUGCAGAGGAUUCAGUCCCAGGCUGUCAGCUGGUCCCCUUCAGAGGGGGCCUGUGUGGACCUGCCUCAGCUGCUGGAGGAGGCGGCCAGGGCGGGGGCUCCUGGCAGCCCCGGCCCGGUGCUCGCUGCUCUGCUGGAUCAUGUCAGGAGCGGCUCCUGCUUCCGUGCCCUGCCGACCCCUCAGUAUUUCGUGGACUUUGUGUUCCGGGAGCACAGUGGCGAGACUCCCAACAUCACACUGGCUGAGCUGGCAGCCCUGAUGCAGCGCCUGGGCGUGGGCGGAGUGAGCGAGCCCCAUGGUGACCACAGCGAGCAGGGUCAUCUGGGAAAGGAAGCCAAUCAGCCUGGCCCCGUGCCCCCUGCCAGCCCCAACAGCAGCUCCAGCGCGUGGGACACGAUGUGCCUGAGUGCCGGAGACGUGAUGGCUGUGUAUGGGCUGUCUGAGCAGGCUGGGGUGACCCCGGAGGCCUGGGCCCAGCUGAGCCCUGCCCUGCUCCAGCAACAGCUGAGUGGGGCCUGCAGCCCCCAACCCAUGCCCCCCACCCAGGACCAGCUCAGCCAGUCAGAGAGGUACCUGUACGGCUCACUGGCCACACUGCUCAUCUGCCUCUGCUCCAUCUUUGGGCUCUUGCUCCUUGCCUGUGCCAGCUGCAGUGCUGCUACCCACUACGUCAUCCAGACCUUCCUGGGCAUGGCUGUGGGCGCACUUACAGGCGAUGCUCUCCUGCACCUGACGCCUAAGGUGCUGGGGCUGCACACACAUGAUGGGGAGGUCGACCUGCUGCCCACCUGGCGCCUCCUGGCUGUGCUGGGAGGCCUCUAUGCCUUCUUCCUGUUCGAGAGCCUUUUCAACCUCUUGCUGCCAGCAGACCCAGAGGACCCAAAGGACAGGCCCUGCAGCCACGGCCACAGCCACAGUGGCCAUAGCCACGGCGUGUCCAUGCAACUAGCGGCCAGUGAUCUCCGGCCGCCCAAGCAGCACGAGGGCUCCCGCGCAGACCUGGUGGCAGAAGAGAGCCCGGAGCUGCUGAACCCGGAGCCCCGGAGACUGCGCUCGGAGCUGAGACUGCUGCCCUACGUGAUCACGCUGGGCGACGCCGUGCACAACUUCGCUGAUGGUCUGGCCGUGGGCGCCGCCUUCCUGUCCUCCUGGAAGACGGGGCUGGCUACCUCUCUGGCCGUCUUCUGCCACGAGGUGCCGCACGAGCUGGGGGACUUCGCGGCCCUGCUGCACGCGGGGCUGUCGGUGCGCCGCGCGAUGCUGCUGAACUUGGCAUCUGGGCUCACGGCCUUCAUCGGCCUCUACGUGGCGCUCGCAGCCGGCGUCGGCGAAGACGGCGAGACCUGGAUCCUGGCAGUAGCCACAGGCCUCUUUCUCUACGUGGCGCUCUGUGACAUGCUCCCGGCCAUGCUGAACGUGCGGGACAGGCGGCCCUGGCUCCUGUUCCUGCUGCACAACGCGGGCCUGCUGGGCGGCUGGACCGUCCUGCUGCUGCUGUCUCUGUAUGAGGAUAAUAUCACCCUCUGAUGGCCUCUGCCCCACUCUAAGCCCUCGACCCUGGCUCCUGGCCCUGAGCUAGCUCAGCGCCAGGCCUUUGUGAGCCUCCCUCCCCAGGCCCUAGUACCCAGCUUCAAUAAAGACAUCCUUGUUCCUG